AUGGAUUGCCCCAGCAUGAGUGAACUGAAGGCGAUGAGUCUGUGGAUACACCGCGAUAAGCCAGAGGAGGAGCAGGAGAAAGAGUGGAAGGUUGUGGAAGAGCGUAUAAGCAAUGUGGGACCGAUUCCCCGUCACAUUUUUUGUAGUGAAAUUAAAUAUAAUGGUCGUCUGAAGGCGGUUGAAGCGGCGUUGACCCGUAUCACACCAUCCAAUGCCGACCUAUACUUUGGAGUGCACAAAGAGGGUUCUUGGCAAGGCCAAGAUCCCUGCCACAAGCUUGUGAAAAUCACUCGGUAUUCCGCGCCAGGGGAAGCCGAGUAUUACUGCAACGAUCCGCUGGCACCUUCUAUAAGGAAAACAAUAAAGGAUCGGGUUGGCGAUGCCCUUGACACCUCUGCUGCUCUGAUGUCAAUGUUACUUCCAUUUGAUGAGAUGGUGCCGAAAAUCAUGGAGAAAUUUGCAGUUGGGGCAUUUUUGCACGAGGAGUUCGUAAAAAGAGUACACAAAAAACUCAAAGAGAUUGUUCCAAAAAGGAGACGGAGGAAGAAGUGUGUCUUGGAGGAUAACUUUCAAGCCCACCCUGCUUCCCAAAAGGGAAUACCAAUGCUUGCAUCUCUUCAGAGCGAAAUGAGUAAAAUUCGGAUAGAGUGCAAUGUGCUGUAUAAACCAAGUGCAGAGAAUUUCCCACUUGUGGAUGGCUUUUUCUUCGUGGAAUUGGGAAGUGACAAGAUAAUGGUUGGGCUGCAGGUGACUACGGCGAGUUGUCACGACACGAAAACGAGUACAGUGCUGCAGUUUAAGGAGUAUUUGAGCAGAGCCUUUGUCGGCUGGGAGGCGUACUCGCGAAACAUGUCGUGGGAGAUCAUUUAUGUGCAGCACACAGACAGCCAGAGGAUGACGAGAUGGCAGAGAUGCGACUUGCCUCCUGAAAUAAAGAAAAUAGACGAAAAGGUUGACCGUACCAAGGAGGAGGAAGAACUACUUGCUAACCACAAAGCAAUUGAAGCAUUCUGGAACGAUGAAGUUCGUCAGUACGUGGUGCAGACGUCAUCGAAGGACAUGCGUGGAAGCAGAAGUGCAUGA